CAAUCCCUCCUCCUCUUCGUCUUCCUCCUCCUCCUCCUCCUCCUUCGGCUGUUGUUGCGCCGCCGCUGCUGGCGCUUCUGCUGCAGCUCACAACUUCCAGAGAGCCUCAUCUCCGGGCACAAGUCCGCCCUCUGGUUCCCCCCCUUUACCGGCCGGGGAUGCUCGUCUCGCUCGCCUUAAACGCGAUGUGAUAAAUGGGCCGCGCAGGAUGUGAAGCCCCGCAAGAAGAAGCAGGAGGAUGGCGAAACCGGGCUUGUCUGCGGCGCUGCCGCUGCUCCUGCUGGGCUCCUUCCUCUCGGCGUCCUCCGUUAAAGCCGACGCUGCGCUGUCAGCUCCGCUCAAUGUGACCAUCAGAGAGCUGGAGGUCAACUCGGCUGUGGUGACGUGGGAGAUCUUGGAGGGAGAUCCGGUCAUCGGAUUCGCCAUCACGCAACAGAAGAAGGAUGUGCGGAUGUUGAGGUUCAUCCAGGAAGUGAACACCACCACCCGCUCCUGCGCGCUGUGGGACCUGGACGAGGAUACCGAAUACAUCGUCCACGUCCAGAGCAUCAGCAUGGGAGGCAGCAGCCCCCCCAGUCAGCCUGUUCUCUUCAGAACGCCAAAAGAGUCGGAGAAAAUGGCGUCCAAGAGUCCCGACGAGGUGACGAUGGAGGAGGUUGGUCAGGCUGCCCAGCUGAGGGCCGGAGAGCUCAUCAUCAUUGUUGUGGUGCUCGUCAUGUGGGCAGGGGUGAUCGCCUUGUUUUGUCGUCAGUAUGACAUCAUCAAAGACAAUGAGCCCAACAACAACAAGGACAAAACCAAGAACUCCUCAGAGUGCAGUACACCUGAGCACCCACAAGGGGGGUUACUGCGCAGCAACGUCUAGGACCAACCUUCUGUCGCCUUCUGCAAUAACCAACCUAAGACCUCAGGACGGACCCUGAGACCAACAGAAAGCCAUUCUCAGAAAAAGACAAAAAAAAAACCAUUGACGAAUAGAUCAAACCAAUAAACAAAUCUUCUUGACACAAAGGAGCGAGUUCUGCAAAUGUGCAGAAUCAAAGGCUACAACCAGCUGAACCGGAAACGGCGGACUGUCGCCUCCCUCCUGCUGAUACACGGCGGACUCUUGGCCGGAGCUGCCCGAUUCAUACGGUUUUGUUACUCUUCGUCGGUGGCAUGGAAUCCCCUCUGACCCCUCCACCCUGGGAGUGUUGAUUGUCGAACAUGAAUGUCAAACUCAACAUGUGGACGCCAGCUCCAAGGUGGCAGGAACUGGAGAUCGGCUGGUCCAGGUGUCAGCCAGCACACAGCUAUGACUAGCGCUCAUGUUUUCUGUUGGUCCAUCUGCUUUGGUUCCUUUCUGUCUUUGUUCCUGCUCAUCUCUCUCCUUGUCUCUCUGUGUUGGUGUGGCUCUAAUAAGCACAUUGCCGUUUGGUGCUCCUCUUACUGUGAUUGCUUCUUGAACCCCUCUACAGUCCCAACGCUGAUUGCAGUCUGAGUUUUCUCUUUGGGUCACGAGUAUUGCAUGACGAGUGUCGUCUCCAGCUUUCCUCUCUCUCGUUACCGUCAGUUUAAAUGAUGCAUCUGUUCCUUCGCCUCACUAAACGGAACUUUAAACUCUCCCAUCAGCCCAGCAGAUCACGUCUGACAGGCUUAUUACCCCCACCUAUAUUUUUCCGGCGAGGUGAUGACUGAGUACGGCUCUGAUUCACGGAGAGUUCAAGGAUUGACAAGGAGUGCGUCACCCACUUCUGACUUAUUGUCACUUCGGGCUGUAAAACUACUGGGCCCCGUGCGCCGUGCCAACUUUUAGAAAGAUGCCGCAGCGGGUUUGUGUAUCGUCGUUCAUCGCUGCAUAUUCAGCACCAUAUGCUGUUUGUGGUCUGCAGCAGGACGAGCAGGGAAUGUGGAUGGGGCAUUAUCCUCUAAUGCGAUGUACAAUUUGGCCGCGUUUCCCCGUGCGGUUUGGCCGAAGACCAACGGGGAUGCCAGGAAGUGAAGGCCAUAAGAGGACACACUCAGUCCUGCGCUGGACCCAGAUCUGUCACUGAAUGUGAGCCUCUGGUACACUCUCAGUAGGAGAACACAACAUGAAACGGGACAAAAGUCUGACAUUCAGGAACUUCAUCCUUAAAACUGGGGUAUGUAACUUUAUACAUAUAUAUUUUUAAAAUUACAUAUUUGUUAAAACUGUCACUGUGUCCUCAUAAAUGUCCUUAUACAUAUGAGGCAAAUAAUCUGUGAAAAGAUCAAUCUACUAUAGCCGUCCCCCCAAAAAAUUCCAGUCUCAGUUAAAAACAACCAAUCAGAGCCAGGAGGAGGGUCUUAGCGCUGUCAGUGAACCUUGUGUACAUUUUGCUAGACAUGAAGAAACAACUUACCACUACAGGACAACUGUUUAUCCACCAUCAUCGCCAUCAGUGGCCAUGCUAACUAGCUUUAGCAUUCAUGGCUGCCUUCAUUGUGGUGAACCAACUGUAGCGUAGCAGAAAGAAAGCGGGAGGGUGAUUGACAGCGCUAAGACCCUCCUCCUGGCUCUGACUGGUUGUUUUUGACAGAGCUGUGUAUUCAUUCAAAUGAUAUAAAGUCUGUCUCACACUGUACUGUCACAACCUAGUGAGAGUUUUAACAAACAUGAGAAAAAAAAACAUAUUUUUGAUGUAAAUUAGAUAGACAGACAACUAGAUUUAAACUUCCUUGAUGGUACAAUAUACAAUGUCAGCCACUUACUGGCCUUAAAAUGCCUUCACUUAUUGUUGCAGUAGCAUAAUCUGACAGAAAAAUUAAGAAUUCUGGUGAAGCGUUUCCAGAUAAAAUUGGGCAAAGUGAAAUAUUUAAAUAUCCUUUUAUUUAAAAAAGAAAGUAUGUCUUCCACUUUAAAUAUGUCUUCCCCACCCCAAGUUUCCCAAAGCAUUACAGGUCGCUUUUCCUUUAAACUUUGAUCGACAUUAAAUACAGAUUCCAAUUAUGCAAUGGUUACAUUUAUUGUACAGAUAAUUGUCAGGGGAAGCAAUGAAUGUGCCAGCAAAGAUUUUGUGAUAAAAAUUUACGUUUUUGACAUGAGAUUCUUUUUCUUCAAAUGAAUUUCACUAAUGUAGAGAAAUUAAAGGUAGGCUUUUUCUACAUGUUUCAGCAUAACGUAGCGAUGAAAGGGAGAUUUUUAUGGUAUUUUACACAUCUGUUCCAGGAGUGUCAAAAUAACUGGUUGGCCGUGAAAGUCUGUGUCGCAAAUGUUUUUUUUUUUAUCAUGCUUAAAACACAUGAGAUGCAAGUCACAACGCCACUUUUAUGAUAUAAAAAAAAUAAUAACCUAGAAAUGAAACCAGCUGACAUUUCUAAUCAAAUAUUGACUUUAGCCUGUUCCUCCAUGUCUCAGAACUCCGUUGUUAGCAGACUGUUAUGAAGUUACAAAAGUCAUGUAACAACAAAUGUGGCCACUCUUGUUUAUUCUCCAAUCUCUCUGCUGUAGAGCAUGAAAUGUGUAUCGUUGCGCCACUGAAAAUAGUUCCCCGGAGUAACGCGCUACAAUAAAUCCAUGUCAGAUCAACAUUUGUUGCCUCUAUCGGACCAGCAUAGUUGGGUACUUCUUGUUUAGGAAAAGUGAAACGUAGCACCCCGCGGCCCCUGUUAGAGAUGUUUAAAAAAUAAUAAUAAAAAGCUUUAAUCCUUUUAUUACACUUGAUCUGCUCAGACAGGAUUUAGAAUGCUGUUGUUGCAGCGUCAAAAGCAAACGGCAACGCUAAUCAACUGACAGACUAAAGUUGAUUUAAAGUGAAAGGUGAAAAGAAACACUUCUGCUUUUAUUCUACAUUUAGACACCCUUAAAAUCCAAGCAACAGCAAGGAGCUACUAAAUAUGGUUUAGACCACAAGAAAGUUGAACAAGUUGCUUUUUUGUAGUGUUUAUACACCAAAAAGGUUCUGAUUAAUGGUGACAGACUCAUUGUGUGUUAAAAUAGCAUUCCUACCACUUCAUUUUUUUAAUACAAAUUUUAUGACAUUACAACCACAAACUUCAGAUUUUUUGGGGAUGAUGAGACAAAAUGGAAGAAGAAUAUCUUAAUAUUUUUUUAGAAGCAAAAGCAAAUCUUAAGGGGGAGAUUGCAUUUGCACUUAGCCUCAUUUAAGCUAAUACCCUGAAGUAAAGGCCAGUGAAAGCAGCUGACCUCAGAAAGAGCAUGAUUAGUCGUUCUCUCUCCUGCCGCCAUGGGACUCCAGAGCGGUCACAACUCGUGUCGCUCCGUCUGUGGCUGGGUGAGUUACUGGCACACCAAGACAUUGUGAAAAGUUUCACCCUUCCAACCUUGCAGGAAGAGUUUUAGGAGGGCCUCUUGUUCCAAAUUAACCGUGCUCCACUGCACAAAGCAACGUCCAUAAAGAUGGGCAUGAAGGAGUUUUGUGUGAAGGAAGUCGACCGGCCUCCAUGUUGCUCUGGCCUCAGCUCAUAGGAACGCCUUUUGGGAUGAAUUCAAGCUGAGGUUGAGAGCCAGGCCCAGUCAGAGUGACGGUCAGAGGAGUAAAAACAUCCAAAGCCAACUGUCGAAGAACUGCAUUGAUUAAAGCAAUAAAAAGAAAAUUAAGCUACAUCCUUAUUAUGGUUGUUAACAAAUUUGGGGCCAAGAGAGGACUCUGUUUUCGACAAAAUGUAGGAAUAGUUCAAUUCUCUGAAGCGAAAAUAAGAAUAUUAUCAAAAAAAAGACCUACUAAAUUUUUGAAACCCUUGCAAGUUCUUGAGAAAGUUUGACCUUCACACUGAAUUGGUUGGAACUCCAUCAACACCUUCAUAGAAAUGAGCAAAGGACUUCCACAGAGUUCCUCAGCUAAAGAUAAACCUUCAUUAUCUUCUCCUUUGCUUCCUGUUGGGUUAAGCUGCUUUGUCUGCACAACACCGGCUUCACUCUGAAAGAUGGUUAGAAAAACACCUCCAGACUAAAGUCAGCGGAGGUUCUUUCUAUUAGAGAUAAUGAGUUCAUGGCUCAGUGCUCUGCAGGUUGAGAUGUCCUCUAAUCAUCAGUGCAGAUUUAUUCAUUCACACAUUCAGGCUGGAUUUUAAUGCCAUCUUACGCUGGGAGAAAAGCAGCCAUUUUGUGGCGACGCCGUCUUAUCCUGCCACCGUCAUCGGCCCCUCCCAACAACCAUCUCCUGUCCUCGUCCUCCUUCAUUCUUUCAUUUAUGAUAUUACCCUCAUUCUGAAUCCAUCGCGCCGCUCUCCCCCCCUCUCUUGUUUCUCCCCUCUCACAGCCCUGAUUCUCAUUACAUCCACUCUCCGAGGUUAGCUGCUGCCGUCUCCCGCUCAGCAUGAGCUCUUCGCCCUCUUGUUGGGGCCCCGGCCCGCCGCCUACCCCUCGCUCCUCCACUUGUUUAUCACCUCGGCGUCCUGGACUGGCUGGAACAGCCACUUCACCAGGUAACAAGUGAGGAACAAUGGAGGAUAAAAACCGAAUUGACCGUUUUUCACUACUCAUAAGCGCGCGCCUGUUUAGCAUUACUUUGAGUGACUUUCCUUCGCGAAAAUGUUUGAGAUUCUACUAGACCUAUCACAUGGGAUUAAUCAAAAGUUUAAUGUGCCGAUUAAUCGCACUACCUAUUUUGACCUAAAAGCCUCUCUCCGGCAGAGGGAUACUUAGUUCAAAAUAAGCGCGUCACACUGUCUUGUACUGCGGUCAACAGUCAACAAUGCAAAGUCAGAAACAUGAGUGAAAAGAUGAGCAAGGAGAGUCAGACUGGUGUGCUCAGCCACAAAUUUUUCUUUU